AAACCAUUAAUGCAUGAUGAUCACAGAUAAUACAGCCUUUAAAUAGUCCACAAUAACAGGAAUACAACAACAAUCAUUGGAGACGAGUAUAGAUUAGUCUGAUGACAUUUUAUUGAAGAUUUGAUCUAAUGAGGAGUCAGUUGUUUGGUGAGAGUGUUCAACACUGUUGAUCUCAAAGCAGAUCAUACUUCCUGUUCUUCCUCAGUUGUAAAUAUCUAAUCUACUAAUCUGGCUCCAUCUAGUGUCAGAAGUACAUUAGUGUUCCUGUCUUGGUGUCAGUCCACUGGUCAGUCAUGUGUAAUCAGUAGCACAGAGGAAGAAGUCCUGUGAGGACUAAAGACAGACUGUAGAUUGUCUCUGUUCUACCUGUAAUAACUGAACUUGUAUCUGAUGUGUUUCUGUCUCCUCUCACAGGAUGAAGAUGAUCUGCAGCAUCCUGCUGCUCCUCAGUCUGACCUCCUGUGUCUCUGGAGCAUUUGUAGUGAAUGUGACACAGACCUCCUAUCAGGCAGAGGAGAACCACAACAUCACACUGGAGUGGAUGUUCACAACCAGAACCAGCAGUUCCUCCAAAUCACUUUUUAUCUACUGUGAGAUGUUAGCUAAGCACAAAGCCUCAUGUCUGUUUGAUCUCUAUGGAGGUGUUGAGGUCCCAGAGUCUCAGGAUGAACAGUUUACAGGACGAGUCCGGUGGGACAAAGACGUCCUCAGAGACGGACGAAUCAGACUUCACAUGUCCAGACUCAGGAUUGAUGACUCUGGUUGGUACCAGUGUGAAGUGCUCACAGGUUAUGGUAGUGGCUCUGGGAUAUGUCACCUCAAAGUCACAGCAGCUGCUGAUGAGCCCAAACCUCCGAGACCAACAAGGAGACCACAACCAGAGAGACCAACAACGAGACCACAACCGGAGUGUUAGGGAUGGAGGAUCGGCCUCUACUUUGGACUGACAGCAGCUCUACUGGUUCUCUGUGCUGGACUCUGCUUUACCUUCUGUCUUAAAUCUACUCGUAAUAGAGGAAACAUCUAUACAGCCGAACAGAUGACGAGUUCCUUAGAGGAACAACCCCUCACUACUAACCAAGCAGCAGCCUCCGAUGUUGAGAUAAGGUCGUGUCUAGAAGGUAACCUCCAAGCUGCGGAAAUGUGCGAAAACUCUUGCGAGACUCGCUGCCUGACGACCUAUACUAACCUCAACUAUUCAACGUCAAUACCUAACUUCAACUCAUCAUCACUGUAUGAAGAGUUCAUCAUUAAGAUUUAACUCUAAGUUGGUUCAGUUUUCCCUCCAGCUGUUAUCAAUCAUGUGUUUUAUGUUCUCUGUUUACUGAUGGAUGUUGUUACCUUGCACUGAAUCUCCUAAUGUUAACUUUAUAAUGUGUUCAUUCAUAUAAAUGUAGUGAUUCCUUCACUGUGGCAGCUAGCAUGGUCUGCUACGUUAGCUUUGACUCUCAGCAUCUAAUAUUCAUGAAUUCAACCGUUAUAUUAAGCUAUUGUUUAAAUGUUACUGAGCUGUACGGUGAGAAGAAGAAGAAGAAAAGAUGAUCUUCACCUUGUUGUUCUGGAUCUUGAGGGUCACCUUUGUGGGCGGCCCAACCUGUCAUCCAUGUGCUCACCUGAUAACUUCUGUUUCCAUGGAAACCAGAUUUGUUUGUCUUUGAAUAAAACAUUUACUAUAUGGUA